GAAGAGCUUGCUUUGUUAAGCGAUUGGCCAGGCGAUGCAGCAGAGAUGCGUGACUAUAUGCGACACCUGUCUUCGAUACCUAUCUAAGUCACAUGCCCUUUGCCUGGGGCACGCAACAUGCCAUCGCUUAGUAUGCAUACCUAUUAUAGAGGCGGAUAUCAAACGUUUGGAGGACUUCGAAAUCUACCCAGUCAUGUUUAGGCUCAGCUAGGUGCCCAACAAAGGCCGUUGAGGCAGCACGCUCCUUCUGUUUAUGAUAUGGCUACCAUGGCCGGCCAAAGUCACGGAGCAGCUGCAGUUCAUAAUGCCGGCGCUUUAUCGCCUGGCAUCGGCUUGGGUGCGCCUAAAGGCUCGGCUUCGCUUCCAGCUAUCGGCGGGCUUGGACUCACUGGAGGAGGCUUACAGAUGGGUCGUGAACGCAGCAGUUCGCUAGAAGGGAUGCAGGGCUUGCCGCGGAAGGAAGCCAGCUAUGCAUCGACCACUGCAUCCAAGAUUUCCGUUGCCUCCAUUCCCCUAGACACCUUAGAACACAUUAUCGACGAUUUUAGGGAAAAGCAGCGCAACCCCAAGCAGCUACAACUCAUGGGCGCCAGCACCUACCAUUACGGUCGCAAUGCCUCACGGCCUGACGCAACCGCCGGCGGCGGCCGCGCCGGCGGUCGUACUGGCGGCGGCGGCGGAGGCCGCAGUGCGACAGCAAGUCGCCGUACGACACGCGUUUCCACCGCCACACUAAACCCUCGGGCAGAUGUGUCGACGCCAUUGUACGGCAUGUCUGCAGCCGCUGCUGCUGCUGCGGCAGAUAUGGAUGGCGGGUCGCAGGGGUCGUGUACGGCAGGAGGAGGUAUGGGGGCGGCAGCGCAACCGUUGCUGCCGGGACUCCCUCCCGGCGCCCCACCUCCGCCGAUAAGCAGCCGGGCUGUUGCCGUACUCCAGGAACCUGAAUCCGCUGCACAUCUGCAGCGGUUCCUAGCGCUGGAUCCAGGCCAGUUUGAAAACCACUUUGUCAUCGCAGCACCCAACGGAGUGCCGGUUUGCGAUCUCGAAGAGGUUUGCUGCGAGGGUGCAGCCUCCAUUGACGGCCUGCCCGCCGGUCGUGACGCGGUUGUCGUACUAACCGCCACAGCCGACGGCGUGCCCGUCCCACGGGUCAUUCCGCUGGACUUGCCCGGGCCCAACAGCCUCCGACGUACCGGCAUGACUGCCGUUCUGGCGGCAUCGGCCGCCGCCGCUGACUCCGCUGCCGCUCGCUGCAGCACUAGCGGAGGCCUCGGUUUCGGACGGAUUGGAACGGGUACAGAUCCCGGCUCCAGAUCCGGUACGAAUUCUGGAUCUGGAAUGGAGCCGCAUGAGCGGGGCGCUGCUGGAAUUUGCCUUAGCCCAUGCGCUCAGUUUAAUGGGACCACGUCGGCUCGUACGUCCAUGCACGGCGGCGAUCCGCAUGCAACGGUUGACAACGGUAUUUGCACGGCGCCUCGGUCGCCCAUUCUGCUUCCCUCACCGCAUUCGCCGCGCCGUACGCCGGCGGUUGUGACGUCACCGUCGGCGUCGACGCCAGGUACGGCACUCCCCUCGAGCUUGCGAUCACCGCGGAACACCGGCAAAGGUAGCGGCGGCGGCACCGCCGCCGGUACGACAAACCGCGGAUCCGAUCCCGGUCUUCCGUCACGAGCUACGGGCAGCCAAAUACCGACAGUGGCGGCGGUGGCGCCGCCGCCGUUGUCGGUGCCACUGCCGCUGCGGCCAGCGGCGUCAUCGCCAACACCGGGCCGUCGCAGCGGCAAACACCACCACAUGACGUCAACCUAUGGUGUGCUUCCAGCCGUUAUGGACUCCCCCGUGGUCGCCGCCAGGGCUACCCCUGCGAGUCGUACACCUGUCGUACCGCAUUCGCCGCCGCCGCAAGGUUACACCCCGUCGUCGCCGCCGUCACGGCAGCCGCCGCUGCCGUACCUGAAGACUACCAGUGCGCCACCGGGAGCCGCUAACGCCACCGCUACAGCCCCUGGGGGAAAAAGAUUUAGCGAGCCUGGCGGCGGCGGCGGUGCUGAUGUGCAACAGCAGCCGUACGGCGCGGAGUGGGCGGCGGCGGCAGGUGCGGCGCUGGCGGAGAGUCCGCAAGGCGCAACUGGAAACGCGGACGGUGACCCAGGGGUCGGCGGCAACGGCGGCGGUGGCGGUGCUGCUGCUGCUGGGAAUGCUGGAGGGAAGUGGAAUGCGUACGGCUACCUGGCCGACAUGGACAACAUCAGUCCCACUCGCGCCCGCCUGCAAGUCCGCAUCACCCACCUCGCCACGGAGCGCCAGCAGCAGCAAAAGCAACUCCAGGAGCUGCAGCAGCAGCUACAGCAGCAGCACCAGCACCACGCGCACGCCCAGCAUUUCCUGUUUACCAACCCCAACAAUGCCAAAUCGACAAAGAGUCGUAAGACGGCUGGCGGUGCCGGCGGUACGGCAGGCCACCGGGGAAGCGAUUCCGGAGUGAUUGUGGGGCCCGGCGGUCGCAAGAUCCUGAGUGCGCUAAGCGGGAUGGACCUAGUGAGAGCUGCGUUGAAGCAGGUGGAGCGCGGGGAGCGCAGCCUGCAGGCCGACCCACUCGUCCGCAACUCCCGCAACUCCUCCUGCUCCUCCGGCGGCUUCCUGGGCCCGUCCGGCGGCGGCGGCGAGGGCGGCGGCGGGGGCUUGGAUGGCGGAGGCGCCGGGGCGGAGAGCGAGGAGCAGCGCGCGGCCCGGGCAGCUGAGAAGCGGCAGGCGAAGCUGAUUCGCGCGCUCACACAACUUUUGACGACCGGCCGCCGGCGCUUUCCCAUGUCGGCUGCCGCCAGCAUCGCCGCGAGCCCCGUCGCCUCCGCCGCUUCCUCACGCCGCAAGCUCCUCGCCUCCGCCAAGCCCAGCAGCGAAGUCAACCUGCUGCUCCCAAGCCGCCUGUCCUCCUCCCUGCCAUCGCUGCCAGGACCCUUGUCCCCGCAAGCCUCUUCCUCGUUGCAGCAACAGCAGCAUCCGCCGACAAAAAAGAUAUCGUUGCAAGCUCCUCCUCCUCCUCCUCCGCAGCAGCAGCAGCAGCAGCAAGAGUCUUCGCAAUCCGCUACCACACAGCCGCCUACUAGCAACCCGAACCAGCAGCAGCAGCAGCAGCAAGAGAAGCCGCCAUCAAGGUCCUCGCAACAGCACACACCGCAGUCAUCAGCAGCCCAGCAACACCAGCCAGACCCGGAAUCCGCAUCCGCCACCUCCGCCACAGGCCUUCUCCGCUCCACCCUCAAACGCAGCACCCUCGGCAGCAACAGCAGCAGCAGCAAGAGCCUGGGGGCUGGCGGCGGCGGCAGCAGCAGCGCCAAGAGCCUCGCUGCUGCUGCUGCUGGCGGCGGCGGCGGCGGCAGCGGGCGCACCAGUCGUACAAGCCUCAGCAGCGCUGGCGGCGUGGUGGUGGUGGGCGUGGGUGGGUUGUACGAGGAGGAAGAGGAGGAUGAUACGGUGGAGGAGGCGACAGCCGUGGCGGCGGAGACGGGACUGAAUCCGGAUGCUCUGGUGGAGUUUGCGCAGGCGCUGGACCGAGCGAAUGAGGAGUUCAGGCUGGUGGAGGCAGCCCGGGAGCGUGCUCGGCGGAUAGAGGCCCUGCUACUCGCCCACUCGCAGCUACAACACCCGCACGCGCACAUUGCAUCCCACGCUCCCGCCCCCGCCCCCGCUGCCGCCGCCCCCGCUGCCGCUAGCGCCAGUGCUCCCGUCGGCGCCGCCGCGGCGGCAUCUGGGAUGUCUCCGGUGGCAGCUGCUGCCGCCGUUGCCGCCGGCCUCUCCCCCGCCACCGCUGCCGCCGCCGGGCUGUCGCCCGCUACCGUCGCGGCAAUCGCUGCCGCCACUGCCGCAGCAGCCGCGGCGCCCUCUCCUCGUGCUGCUGCUGCUGCUGCUGCAAGUGCUGCUGCUGCUGCUGCUGCUGCCUCCCAGGCGUCUGCUGCAAAGCCGGGGUCGCCGGGGGUGUCGGCCGUGGCGGUGAUAACUCCCAUUCCGGGGGCGGGAUCUGCAUCGAGCGCUGCGGAGCAGUCUGGGGCAGGUGCUGUAUCCAACCCUGUCGCUGCACAGCAAUCGCCCAAGGCUGGAAAUCCAUCCGCCUCCGAACCCGCCUCAAAACAGCAACAACAACAGCCCUCCCAGUCAUCCCAAUCAUCCCAAUCGGAACCCGCUCCUGACCUACCAGAGCAUCUCCCCCCGCUACAGCAACUACAACAACCCGUCAAACGCCACGAGGGCGGCAAACCGCCAACCGUCUCCGAAGUCAUCUCCUCCCUGGAAGCCCCCCUGGACCGCCCCAUGUCGGUGGACCUGGAGCAGCUCCUGUCCGCCAUAGCAGAGGCCCUCGCGGCGGAGGAGGAGGCGGGGCUAGGCUCGCUGCGAGACCUGCAGGGGGGGCUGAUGCCGGCGGGGGUGGGGGCGGCGACGGGGGCGGGCGGCGGCGGCGGGUCGGGCGGUGGAGGUGUGGGGCUGACGGCGGGGAGUGCGGUGUCGCGGCUGGAGGAGACGUUCAGGCAGCGGACGGAGAGGUACCUGGCGCAGCUGUGCCGCAGCAACCCCGCCGCCUUCGAGGAGGUGUCCGCCGCACAGGCCGAGGCGGACUACCGAUCCGGGGUGGAGCGAGCCAAGCUGCGGCUGCGGCAGCUGCACGGGGAGGUGGAGGGGGAGCCGCUCACAAGCGCGGGGAAACCCAAGUACCAGUACGACAAAGCUGUGGCGAUGCUGCAGGCGCACCGCCCCUUCUUCCUCCCCCCGGUCAUCCCCCGCGAACACGUGGAGCGGGCUCCGGUGCCCCCCCUGCUGGCGGGUCGGGGCGCCGCCAGGCCCCCCUGGGACGUGUACACCUCCUUGUUUCGGGAGCGGAAGAAGGGGGACGCCAGGGACGUGUACGACACCGAGGCCGUACUGGCGGCGCAGUUUAACCUGGACUGGUCGCGAGUGGCAACCAAGAUGCCCUUCAUGAAGCUGGUAGCGCGCGAGGAUCUGGGGGUCCGGGGCAAGAGCGGCAGAUCCGCAUUAGAGCAGGAGUUGGUGCAGAUCCGAGAUGCCCUGGCGGCUGCGUUUCCCAUGAUCAGAUCUGCAUUUAUCUAUUUCUCCAUCGCAACGCCCGAAGAAGUGUACACGGCGGCGAUUGAUUCGGCAGUGUCGGUGGCCGAAGCUGAAGGGACGAGUGCCGAGGCGGCGGCAGCGGAGGUAGCGGCGGCGGCUGCCGCGGUGGCGGCGCCGCCCCCACCGCCGAGGCAUUCGAAUCGUCACAGCGGCGGCGCCCGUCGGGGGUCUUCCGGCGACGCCGUGAUGUACGGCAUUGCAUCCGUCAAAUCAUCGGAAACGGGAUCCAUGACGGGGGAAGACGGUGUCGUACAAGUGCCGACGGUUGCGGAAUCCAAGACGGCGGCGAUCGCGGCGGCGGCGGCGGCCGCCACCGCUGCCGACGCGGCUGCUGCUGACGUGGAUGACGUCACUGGCAGCCACGGCGGCGCCGGCGCCGGCGGCCGUCCUGGGUACGGCAUUUUGGAGAUGAAUGAGCAGCGUUGGCUCGCGUUUUGUACGGCAGGGCGGCUCACGUCAAGCGCCGCCACUACUGCCUAUGCCGGCGUCGGUCGCGGUGCAGGCGGCCGUGGCGGCGGCGGCGUCGCCGCCUCCCCAGCGCCGUUGAGCAGUCGCAUCCACGACUUGCGUCAGCUGUUUUGGGCAGUGAACCGCGAGGAGGAGCGCAACAUGACGCUGGAGAGCCAGACCAACAAUGACAUCGCCUUCAUGAGGUUUGAGUUCUUGGAAGCGCUGGUUCGUGCUGCCUUCUUCCGCUUCAUCGCUCCGGGGGCUCCACGGGAUGCGGCGGAUGCCACCCGGCAACUGCUGCGGGAGCUGGAGCCGGUGCUGCCGCCGGGCGCGAGGGUGGACCCAAAUGAGUUCCGUCGUACCCGACUGUACACGUACGAGAUGGAGAUGGCUGUCGUGCACAAUCUGGAGCUCCUGACCGCCGCCUUCAAGCUGUACAAGGCUCGCGACCGUGCCAAGUACCUGGGUAUCGAUCACUGGAUGUCCUUCCUGGAGUCAAACAACCUGCUGGCGCCGCACAUGGGGGGUAUCACCUCCACCGAGGCCCGCCUGAUGUUCGCGUGGAGCCAGAUGGUGGUGGUGGACGAGCUGAAGCUGAGGAGGCGGGCGGUGGGGCUGCAGCUGUGGGACUUCAUCGAGGCGGUGUCCCGGCUGGCAGACCGCGUCAGCCUGCCGGCCCCCGAGGAGCUGGACCGCUGGCUGCUGUACGGCUGCAACAUCGGGCGACACACGCCACUGCCGCCCGGACACACGCGCGUGUGGACCUACUGUAAUGCGCUGGCGCUGGGUCGCGGCGGCCCGCCCCUGCCCCGCCGCCCCUCCGGCUCCCACCUGCUCAGCCCCCCCUCCCGCCCGCUGGCCGCCAAGUUCCGCCUGCUGCUGGAGUACCUAGCGGGCUCGCUGUGCGACGCGUGGGGCGGCGCCAACAGCCACGAGACGGCGCAGAGCAUGCUGCGUACGGCAAACAUGCUGAGUGGGGGGGUGGAGCUGGCGUGAGGUGCGCCUGCAGCGGUGCACGACAGCAGCGUGGGGAGGC